UUCACCCGAUAACAUGAAAGUGGUUAAUUUUGUUUUUCUUUGCUUUACGAUCAAUUUUGCUUCAGCUCAAAAUGAAGAAUCCCGAAUCGUAGGAGGUCAAAAUGCUCGACCCAAUGAAUUUCCAUAUCAAGUCAGUUUACAACAAGGAGGACGCCAUUUCUGCGGAGGAAGUAUCAUUCACCAAAGUUUUGUUCUAACAGCAGCUCAUUGCAAUAUUGGCGGCGACGUAAUGGUAGUUGCUGGCGAGCACGAUUUCCGUCGCGAAAGUGGAGAUGAACAAAGACGCAAAGCAGUUUCGUUUGUCGUUCACGAGGACUAUGAAAAAGAUAAAAAUAAUGGCGUUGGUCCCGAUGACAUUGCAAUAAUUUCAGUUGAUCGCCCAUUUACCCUAAACGGAAAAAUUCGUGCGAUAAAUCUCCCAAAUGCAAAUACUUAUCCAACGGGACGUGCUGUAGUCUCGGGAUGGGGAUCAAUUUCGCGAAUUCCCGUAUUGCCAGUUCAGCCAAAUGUUUUGCAGAAAGCAACUUUACCGAUUCACACCCAGUCGCAAUGUCAUCUUUAUUGGCGAGGAAGUGCCUUUUCCGAUAGAAAUAUUUGCGCUGGACCGUUGUUAGGAACUUCAGCUACGUGUCAAGGAGAUUCAGGCGGGCCAUUGGCUACUGGUUCAGGAGACGAUCGAGUUCUGGUUGGAAUUGUUUCUUGGGGUGCUGUCCCAUGUGGAACAAUUGGAAAGCCUGGAGUGUUCGUUCAAGUAUCCAAAUAUAUCGAUUGGAUCGCUGAUAAGUACGAAAAAAGUUUGGUUGAGCAAUAGGAGGGCAGAAUUUUUGAAAAAAUGUACUUAAACCGAAAUUCAAUUAAAAACCUUUGAGGUUAAUGAUUUUUUAUCAAA